CGCUUCCCCCCCCCCCCCCCCUCCAGUGUUAAUAUUAGCAUAAAGGUUCCUGGACGCGGUGAUGGUUCUCCUGUCACUAUGGCUCGUAACUGGGAUAUUAGUGCGGACUUUUACCACGGCGCUACGUGCUGAAUCCAAAGUAACUGAGAGCAGAGAGUUUUUGCAAAGGUUUGCUGCUCUGGGUCAGGAGUAUGGGCUAGUGACGCCACUCAGAACUGACUCCCAGGGCCGCUUUGUGUCUCACCUGGUGUCAGGCCCUGCAGCUCGGAGGAAACGGCAGAGUGGUCCUGAGUCCUGGUCUGUGGCUUCUGGGGAGGCACAAGCCAAGCCCCACUCUCUCUUCUUCAAUGUCACAGUCUUUGGUCAGAACUGGCAGCUGAGACUGGAGCCCAGCCACCGGUUGCUGGCCCCAGGAGCUGUGGUGGAGUGCAGGAGGGUGAAAGAACCGUACAGAGCCAUGGAUGGCAACUGCAUCUACACUGGGGGCAUCAACCAUGUCUCUGGAGCCACAGUGGCCAUUAGCAACUGUGAUGGACUGGCUGGCAUGAUCCGAACAGAUCAAGGAGAAUAUUUUAUCGAACCACUUGAAAAGGGAAAACAAGCAGAGGAAGAGGAGAAAGGUCGAGUUCAUGUGGUCUACCGUAGGUCAGCUGUCCAGCAAUCGCAUCCUGAAAUCCUUGAUGACUUUCAUCCAACAGGAUCUGAGUUUGAUGGGCUUGGUGACCUGGACCAUAUGUAUGACAAGAUUGGCAAACGAUUGGAUGAAACCUUGAGGCAACGGAGACAUGCAAAAGAUGAUGACUACAACAUUGAGGUGCUUUUGGGAGUGGAUGACUCUGUAGUGCGGUUCCAUGGGAAAGAACAUGUCCAGAACUACUUGUUGACCCUAAUGAAUAUAGUGAAUGAGAUUUACCAUGAUAAAUCACUGGGAGCCCACGUGAAUGUUGUGCUGGUACGAAUGAUCAUGCUGGGAUAUGCAAAGUCCAUCAGCUUGAUUGAAAGAGGGAAUCCAUCCCGAAGUCUGGAGAAUGUCUGCCGUUGGGCCUCCUCUCAGCAAAAAUCGGACCUAAACCACUCAGAACACCACGAUCAUGCAAUCUUUUUAACAAGGCAAGAUUUCGGUCCAGCGGGUAUGCAAGGAUAUGCUCCAGUGACUGGAAUGUGUCACCCGGUUCGUAGCUGCACACUAAACCACGAGGACGGCUUCUCUUCAGCAUUUGUAGUAGCACACGAGACCGGUCACGUCUUGGGAAUGGAACAUGAUGGUCAAGGAAACCGGUGUGGUGAUGAAACCAGUAUGGGGAGUGUAAUGGCACCCUUGGUCCAAGCCGCAUUUCAUCGAUUUCAUUGGUCUCGGUGUAGUGGGCAAGAGCUCAAGCGAUAUCUUCACUCUUACGACUGCCUCCUGGAUGAUCCGUUUGAACAUGAAUGGCCCAAAAUUCCAGAAUUGCCAGGGAUAAACUACUCAAUGGAUGAACAGUGCCGCUUCGAUUUUGGUGUGGGCUACAAGAUGUGCACGGCUUUUCGAACCUUUGAUCCAUGCAAGCAGUUAUGGUGCAGCCACCCUGAAAACCCAUUCUUCUGCAAGACAAAGAAAGGACCUCCCUUGGAUGGAACAGAGUGUGCUCCUGGAAAGUGGUGCUACCAGGGUCACUGUUUGUGGAAGACCUCAGAGCAGUUAAAGCAGGAUGGCAACUGGGGAUCGUGGAGCAAACUUGGGUCCUGUUCUCGCACCUGUGGAUCAGGCGUCCGAUUUAGAACUCGCCAGUGCAAUAAUCCAGAGCCUGCCAAUGGUGGUCAGGAUUGUCCUGGGGUAAACUAUGAAUAUCAACUGUGUAACAAAGAAGAUUGUCCACACCAUUAUGAAGACUUCCGAGCACAACAAUGUCAACAACGGAAUUCAUACUACGAAUAUCAGAAUACCAAACACCAUUGGCUUCCAUACGAACAUCCUGACUCAAUAAAGAGAUGCCAUCUAUAUUGUCAAUCCAAGGAAAUGGGAGGAGUCGUCUACAUGAAACAGUUGGUUCAUGACGGUACUCGCUGUUCCUAUAAAGAUCCCUAUAGCAUCUGUGUAAGAGGGGAAUGUGUGAAAGUGGGAUGUGACAAAGAAAUUGGUUCAAACAAAGUGGAUGACAAAUGUGGAGUAUGUGGUGGGGACAACUCUCACUGCAGAACUGUGAAAGGAACAUUCACCAGAACACCAAAGAAACUGGGCUACUUAAAGAUGUUUGACAUCCCACCUGGUUCUAGACAUGUGUUCAUCCAAGAAGACGAGGUAUCUCCUCACAUUCUUGCUGUCAAGAACCAGGCUACAGGCCACUAUAUUCUAAAUGGUAAAGGAGACAAAGCCAAGACAAAAGUCUUUAUUGAGCUUGGUAUAGAAUGGCAAUACACCUUGGAAAAUGAUAUGGAAACUCUCCAUACAGAUGGCCCUUUGCAUGAUCCUGUUGUGGUCUUGAUUAUCCCUCGGAAUAAUAACACCAAAUCUAGUCUCACCUAUAACUAUAUUAUCCAUGAGGACUCCUUACCAACCAUCAGCAACAAUAAUGUGCUUCAGGAAGAUCUUGAUGCAUUCGAGUGGGCUUUAAAGAGCUGGUCCCAGUGUUCCAAACCAUGUGGUGGAGGUUUUCAGUACACAAAAUAUGGAUGCCGCAGGAAAACUGAUAAUAAGAUGGUUCAUCGCAGCUACUGUGAUGCAGACAAAAAGCCAAAACCUAUCCGCAGAAUGUGUAACCUGCAGGAAUGUAAGCUGCCUGUGUGGAUAGCAGAGGAAUGGGAACACUGCACAAAAUCCUGUGGGAGUUCUGGCUAUCAGAUCCGCACUGUCCGCUGCAUGCAGCUGAUGACUGAUGGAAUGAACCGCUCAGUCCAUAGUAAAUACUGUAGUGGUGAACGCCCAGAGAGUCGCCGUGCUUGCAGUCGGAAGCCCUGCCCUGCACAGUGGAAGACCAGCCCUUGGUUAGAGUGUUCCAUCACAUGUGGUGAAGGAAUUGAACAAAGACAAGUCACAUGUCGUGCAAGUAAUCAGUGUGAUGGGGAGAAGCCAGAAGCGACACGAGUCUGCAGACGCCCUCCCUGUGGUGAUGAGCCCUGUCUUAAAGACAAGUCUAUAUUCUGCCAAAUGGAAGUGCUUGCUCGGUAUUGCUCCAUCCCAGGCUACAAUAAACUCUGUUGUGAAUCCUGUAGCAAGCGCAGCGGCACCCUGCCUCCCCCCUUCUUCACUGGCACUGCUGAAGUAGAGGACCUAAUGGCUGAUGCUGACCACAGAGCUGGUACAGAAAUGGCACCAACACAUCAGCUGGACACCACACUCAGGAGCAGAGUUCCACAUGGCAACAAGCUGGUCAGAGCAAGGAACACACAGCCCAGUGCAAUAAACACAGCUCGUGGCAAAACAAAUGGUGUUGGUUUCUCUCAGAAAAGCCCUGCUUCUGUUGACAACAGGCCUCACAGAUUGGUGGCUUCACAGCAUUCGCUCCAAAGCAGCCCUCGCAAUCCUACUAACAGCUCCAUGGCUUCCCAAUCAUCAGACAGUGCAACAAUGACAACAGACAGGCAUACCACAUUACAGUCUCCUGUAGUAAAUACAUGAAGAAGGAUGCUCCCUUUGUGCUUUAGACAUUCCUGGGUGAAAUAAAAAUACCAUUGUUAAAAUUGUAGAUAUCAUGAUACACAAAAUAUUUAAAAAGGACUUUUGGGCAACUCUAGUGAAUUUAAACUGACAAGUGAUUUUUUUCCUUCUUUCAAUUGGAUGUGAAGUGCUGGCACUUUAAUCUUUUCAACCAUUUGAGCAGCCCCCAAUUUAUUUGGGCUUACAAAAGCACUAAAAAAUUUCCAAAUGUGGAGGAAACAGUCAGGUCUGCCAGUUGUUGUCUUUGCAAAGAAUUAUGAAAACAUGUUGCACUUCAAGUGAUGUUUAAAAUAAACAAAGCCAGACAUUCAAAGGGAUGCUAACAUUAAAGGUUUGGCAAUGCAUUUAUAAGAAAAUGGUAUGUAGUAAAAUCAGCCACAUUUGUCAGUGGAAUGAAUAUAAUUUAAGUCAUUUGCAGCUGCUCUGUAAAUAUUGUACAUGCAAAAGUUAGCAUUAGGUUUUAAAAGUAAUUUGCCCUAAUAGGUGUUUACUAAUGUUACAUAACUAUGUCUAAAUAUCAGUGUAUUCCUGAUAUUGAAAAACAGUCCAACUACAGUCAAGAAUAAUGGAUGAAACAAGUAGGUGAGAAUUAGUAGUGAUCCUCUCACCAGGUUAACUCAAUGCAUGUAUUUACUAGCACCCAUGGAAGGACCUCUGUAGCACUAAACUACAAAGAACUCAGCUGGUUAUAUAGCACCCAUUGCAAAGAAGGACUUGCUUAAUAUGGUGGUGAAGCCGUUCAUUCCAAUCAGAAUGUCUGGCUCUCCUUUCAUAUGCUGUGCCUUCCCAGAAUAUUCUGUUCUUGUUACCCAUUGCAUUGGUAAGAUUCAAAUACCUUGAUCAAACAUCCAGUUAUGCAUUGUGAGCAUAAAUUACAGCAUGCUCUUCAUUGUUGGGUUUAAGGUGUUCCAGUGCCUAGUUUCCAUCACCUUAAUUGGCUCUUUUGUCAAAAGUCCCAAAUGCCAACAGCAGCAGUGAAUAUAUUUGCAAAAAAAGUAUUCUGAUCCAUUCAAUCAUACAUUCCAGAGCAUUAGUGUGUGUUUGUGGUCAAGAGAUUUGGCCAUCCAAUUAAAAUAUUCUUACAUGAGUGUGCUGCCAGAAGAAGCAACAAAUACUCUAGCUGACCCCCCCCCCCAUUAAAGACCAAUGAGGCACCUCACUUACCAACUCCCUACCUUAAUCAAUGUGCACAGGAUACAAUUAAAACUCAAGUGCAAUUAUACUGACUUAACCUUUUCCAGAAAAAGAAGAUGUUACUGUGUCUUAUAAUAUAGAAAGUGGACAUUCCAGUACCAAUUGACAAACAGCGUACCUGCAAACUCAGACUUAAAAAGGAACCCUUUGAAAUGGCAUGUAGCAUUAAACAGAAAGCUAAUAUGGUGGGGAGGAGAGAGAAUCGUUGAACUCGUAUGAAGCUGUGUCUAGUAUUUCAUUUCAUAAUCAAAAAGAUAUUGCGAGGAGACAACAACUGGAGGCACAUAGUGAAAGACUCUGGAAGAAAUGUUUGCUAUUGUCUUGCUAGUAAGUCAGAUGUUCCAGUCAACCCAAUGCCUUUGAAGAAUUGCUACUGUCUAUCUGCAAGGCUUUUGAAGAUUAAUGAAGCUGGUGUUUAGUUUGUCAAACAACAACCCCUGGGCCCUCAGACAGUUGCAUAGAAUUUAAGAAUGUCCUUCAUGCCAUAAAGGGAAGUAAAAUGAAUUAAUUGUUUAAUUUGCUUUCUUUUGUACAAUAAUGUAGAUUCUUGUUUUACUCUUGAGUGUACACUACUGAUGCUGUUUGUUAUAUUGGAGAGCACAUAGCAAUAAAAUUAAGU